AUGUUUUUUAUUUUGAGGAUCUGGCAGCAAAAUGGCCAAAGUCAUAAGAAAUCGCUGGGUUUACCGUCCUCAUGGAAGAUGGCAUCGUUAUCUUCCACGGCGAAAUGAUGGAGUUAAGGAGUUUGAUUAUGAAGCUGGAGGGUCGAUAGCAGAUUUUAAGGAGGAGUUGAAAAGCUUGGGCCAGGAGUUACCGCAAACUCCACCUCCAAAACUAUGGAUGGCUUGGCUGUACCGCGAUUUGAGUGGUGAACCCCGCUGGACCAAAGAUCGCGUCAAGAAAUUGUUUGGCUCAGAUUUUGAGGUUGGUCGGAUGGAGUUAUUUCCUAACACCGCUUCGAUAAAUGAAGAAUUGUGGCAUAUGAAACAUUUGAUUGAAUUGAAACCUGUCACAUUCCCUAAUGGGGAACCCACAGAAGAAGAUAUUUACGGAGUAAAGUUUCAUCCCGAUGGACGCUGUGAAGUUACGAAAGGUGCAGCACCGCUGACCGAAGAACAGCUACAGCUAUUUGAUCGAAAUAAGCAGUGGAGCUCCAGAGAACUUCGACGGCAAUUGGCAAGCAAGUAUUGGGGCUGCAAGGAUAUUUUCGAGACCAACGUUUAUACAAAUUCGAACAUAAGCAUCGUAAAGUAGCAGUGUACAUAUUUACUAGUUUUAUUUGGUUUCGAGUUUGUUAAAUGAUGUUGUUAUUGGGUUAGGUAGUCUGAGUUUUAGUGGUUCACAUGUUUGUAAAUAUUUUUUCUGGAAGCAGAAAGCAUUGAUACAUUCAUUUUAU